AAUACCCCCAUAUAGGUGUUAUAUUCCAUACCUUCCUUCCUUCAUCUUCUUUUCUCAUACUCUCUAUCUCCCUAGUUCUCUAUUUUUCUUCUCUCAUAUAAUAACCCCCAUAGUUUACCAACUCAAUAACCACCUUAAUUUUCUUCUUUCACCUCCUUGAGUUCCCAUUCAUUGAUCGAUUCAUUCAAUUAUAGGAUCAAAUAUGGUGGCUGCUUCCCCAAAAUCCAUAAGGAGCGAAAAGAUUUUACCCAUUGAACUUCCCGUGGUGGACCUAUCUGCGGAAAGAUCCAUGGUGACAAAACUCAUCGUGAAGGCUUGUGAGGACUAUGGUUUCUUCAACGUGGUUAACCAUGGUGUCCCUCGUGACACCAUAGCCAAAAUGGAAGAAGCAGGCUUCGAUUUCUUUGCCAAACCAAUGGCCCAAAAGAAACAGCUUCCUCCUUAUGGCUGCAAGAACAUAGGCUUCAAUGGAGACAUGGGCGAGGUCGAGUACCUUCUACUCGCUGCCACUCCUCACUCCAUUGCUCACUUCAAAAACAUCUCCAAUGUGCCAUCAAACUUCAGCUCUACUGUGAGUGCAUACACAGAAGGUGUGAGGGAGUUGGCAUGUGAGAUUUUGGAGCUAAUGGCAGAGGGUCUGGGGGUCCCUGACGCAAGGGCUUUCAGCAGGUUGAUCAGGGAUGUUGAUAGUGACUCAGUCCUUAGGUUCAAUCACUACCCUCCUAUACUUAACAAAGACUGCAAGGACAAGGACAAGGACAAGUCCCCUUCCCACAGCCACACCAAGGUUGGCUUUGGGGACCAUUCUGACCCUCAGAUCCUUACCAUCCUCAGAUCCAACGAUGUUCCUGGCCUCCAAAUCUCUCUCCAAGAUGGCGUGUGGAACCCAGUUGCUCCUGACCCUCAAGCUUUCUGUGUUAAUGUGGGUGAUCUUUUACAGGUGAUGACAAAUGGAAGAUUUGUGAGCGUGAGACAUAGGGCCGUGACCAACUCAUACAAGUGUAGAAUGUCGGUGGCAUAUUUCGGGGCUCCACCACUCGAUGCAUGCAUUGUUGCACCCUCAGUUAUGGUUACGCCUCAGAGGCCCUCACUCUUCAAAACCUUUACUUGGGCUGAAUACAAGAAAGUUACGUACUCUAUGAGGCUCGGGGAACGCCGCAUCGACCUUUUCAGGAAGUAGAGUGCUAGGUUCUUCAACAGUGCUCAAAAGUGCACUUGCUAGUAAUUAAUACUACCAUACUCUAAAGGUUUUGUUGCCCUUGUGACUUGUGAGGUGGUACUGGUAUAUGCUUUGCCAAAAUGUGCAAACAAGUUUUGGGUUGCGUCAAACUCGGCAAAUUAACUUUAUAAGGAAAAUAAACAAGAAAAAAAAAAGUUUUUGUUGAUGGGUAAUUGUGUUUGAGUUUCUUUGUGUCCGGGGUUGUUGUUUGUUGUUGUGAUUAUAAGGGGAUGGAGUUUGGUUCUAACUUCUAAGUUAUUAUCAAAAUGUUCUCAAAAGAUUGAUACCAUGUGUGAGAAUGCUUUUAUUUCAUGGAAUGAUGUUAUCGAAGAUCAAGA